CCUGUCCCUAAUCCUUGUGCCGGAGCUUCUGCGACUGCGAGUCUCCGACCCUCGUCUAAUCUCUUGUCUUCAUCUCUCCAGCCUUCACUCAGCUUCUGUCCGUUGUUAUUUCCACUCUCCUACCGCAGUUUGUACUUAGACCCAGUGCUGAGAUUCGAUAUUGUCUUUUCUUGUUUAUUAAAGAUUUUGAGUUUGUUUUCACGAGGGUUUUUGGAACAUUUUUUGUGGUUCCUAUUGGAGUGAAUUUUUCUCUGAUCUCUGAAGAAGAUAUGUCUGCGAAUUUCUGGACUUCAUCUCACUACAAGCAUCUUCUGGACCAAGAAGAUGUGGAUAUGGUGAACCCACUUGACAAAGAAAGGGGAGUCACACUUGAGGAUUUCAAGCUCAUAAAGAUGCACAUGACCAAUUAUAUUUUGAGAUUGGCCCAACAAGUAAAAGUGAGGCAGAGGGUUGUUGCCACUGCAGUUACAUAUAUGAGGCGUGUUUACACCCGGAAGAGUAUGGCUGAGUAUGAUCCACGUCUGGUUGCUCCAACCUGCUUGUACCUAGCAUCAAAAGCAGAGGAAAGCACAGUGCAGGCUCGGCUGCUUGUAUUUUACAUUAAAAAAUUGUAUGCUGAUGAUAAGUACAGGUAUGAAAUCAAGGACAUACUUGAAAUGGAAAUGAAGAUUUUAGAAGCCCUUGACUAUUAUUUGGUUGUAUUCCACCCCUAUCGUUCACUGUCGCAGUUUCUUCAAGAUGCAAGUUUGAAUGACCUAAGCAUGACUCAGCUAACUUGGGGCGUCAUAAAUGACACAUACAAGAUGGAUCUAAUUCUUGUUCAUCCUCCGCAUCUUAUUGCUUUAGCUUGCAUCUACAUUGCUAGCGUAUUCCGGGAGAAAGACACGACUGCUUGGUUUGAAGAACUACGUGUUGACAUGAAUGUGGUAAAAAAUAUAUCGAUGGAGAUACUUGAUUUUUAUGAAAGCAACAGGAUGUUCACGGAAGAUAGAAUUAAUGCUGCUCUCCAGAAGCUAACCUUGAGGCCCUAAGAAUGAGCCAGCUAUCAAGCUGCAUACGUUGAAUGAAAUUAGCAAAUUGCAUUUAUCACUGGCUGUUCUGAAUUCUUUUGAUCACUGCUGCAUCAUAUGUUCCAGUAUUGCCUUUAUUAUUACUGUCUUUAUGAGGUUAAGUCAAUUGUCAAUGUUAAAGAUAAAAAAGGAUGAAAGAGCGACGUAGUUCUUCAUGAGGACAAAAAUCGAUUUUAAUGUGAUUUGAAUUAGUCUUGUGUGUAUUGUCUAUUUAAAGUACUGUUUCAUAACUCGAACAUUGGUGUGGAAGUGAGGCAUAACUGAGUGCUUUGUACGUUUUGUUCUGUAGUUGAACUUAUUAUGUAAGUAUAUAUAUAUAUGAUUUCCAA